CAAUGUCUUCUUCCUCUUCAAGCGAUGCCGGUGGGAAGUCUCCUGAAGUGCCACCCCGCUGGGACAAGCCGAAGUCAAUUGCAAGCUCCAAACCGCCCAUUGAGACACCCAAACUCAACCCUCCUCACAAGACUAGUUCCUCAAGCGCUGGCGAGGAGGUGAAACCUAAAUCCAGCCCUCGUCUUGGAAGGGUCAGCGUGUUUCCCAAGUUUGCACUUAAAAAGAAACAAGAGAAGGAAGAAAAGACACCUGCUUCUGGUCCCAAAGUGCGAGAUCUAGAAAAGGAACUGGCCAGGCAUUUUAUUUCAGAUGUAGAAAGUGACAUUUACUACACAGACUCGCUCAAACCGUUUAAAAAAAAGAAAAAAGGAGACAUCAAAAAGUCAGCAUCUGGCAGCUCAGAAGACAGCAGUAAGAAGAAAAAGGCAGUAAAGGACAAAUCACGUGACAGGAAAACUAAAACUGACAGUUCUUCCAGUGAAGGAAAGGGAAAGCAUGCAAUAGACCAGGCACCACCAGUUCCGCCCAGGCAAAAGAUCUGUCCACGCGACCAAGAAGAUAAAACGGAUAGUGUGCCUUCUUCGCCUUCAGGUACAUCCAAGCACAAAAGCCGGUUCCAAAGUCCCCCAAACCGAGUGGAACGCCUGUACAGCGAAGAAAAGCCAAUGUUGAGGACUCUCUUGCAGUCGGCUCGCAUGAGGCCGACGUGGGACCAAACACUCCGAACCUGCAGGGGGGUUCUCUAUGAAGAGACCCGCGCUCGUCUCCUGCGCCGAUGCAGAUGUACGCCUGGUUCGAUCGUCUCCUUCCGGAGCUGAUCCAAAUAUACCGGAAGCACAGAAUGCGGAUGCUCAGUUUCAAAAUCUCUCGGCCUCUCCUGAAAUACCUCUGCCCAUUAAGCCGGAAGUUCCGGUUAGAAGGGGUAGGCGACCUAAGCGUCCAGCUACCAUCCAUGGAACUUCCAGUUUGACCAUUGAUGGUAAGCCCUUCUUGAAGGCCAAAGGGUCGCUACAACGAAGCUUGUCUCUUAGCUCCACUAUAUCUGCCACCUCCAAUGAUGGCGACAAGGACAAAAGCAGCACCAAGUCUCGCUUGCGUAAGUACUGGCCAUUUCGUCGCAAGAAAGAACACAACGAGGAAAAACAGAAGAGCAAGAUAAACAAAGAAAAGGAAGUGGAAGGUAAGAAAGACAAAGGAAAAAACAAAGAUAAAAAGAAGGAUAAAGAUACAAAAGAAAAACACGAGGAAAAGCAAGAAACAAAGAAACAGAAGCAUCUGAGAACAGACAAAGACUUGGAACAAUAUGGCUAUAGCUCAUCCCCAGAAAUGCUACCCAGAAUGGAACCUCGGCAGUCAACUCCAAAUCCAACCUCGAAGCUUUAUGUCCUCCCUUGCCAAAACGAUUCUCUGCGUCUCUCGGACAACGAGAAUUCCCUAGACGGAAGUACGUCCAGGAGGAAGGAAACGUCGCCAGGGUGUACAGAAGAGAAAGAAGGAAAACGAAAACUCGUCAGAUCGGACCAGUCCAAAAUUAUUACCUUUAUUACAUCGUUUAGCAGCGCAGAGAGCGGCGCUGACGAUAUGGGAAAGGGAGAGAAUUACUUAUCUGAUGGAGAUCUUAGACGAGAGACAAGCGUGUCCAAGACUGUUCCUUCAAAGACGUCAUUGUCGUCGCCCGGUACCGCGCAGUCUUCAACGCUUGUUGAGGCGACAGGAGAGGAAACUCCGACAAGACCAAAGAAGGCAUCUCAUGAAGAUUACUACCACGAAACUGGUGAUGUCACAAAGUCGAAGAUGGAGAAGCAUCUGGAACCAGUUUUGUCUGCCCCCAGAGUUGCUACCCCUUUGCGUCAAAGUACAGCCUCGUUGUACUCGGCGUCUCCCCGCUUCGACGGCGAAUUUCAGCAGCUAGACAAGACAUUGUUGACGGAGCGAUGGCCACAACGUCGACUUCGUCGUUCGGCGAAGGUGGGAACAGACGUCUUGUGGUGGUGGUGGCCGUCGACCUGGGCACGACCCACAGCGGCUACGCCUUCAGCUUCUUCCGGGAUCCCAGCAGCGUGUACGUGAUGACGAGGUGGGCAGGUCAGGAGCCUGGACUGCUCAACCACAAGACGCUGUCUGCUCUUCUUUUGACUCCAGAUGGGACUUUCCAUAGUUUUGGUCUGGCUGCUCGCAACCACUAUCACAAUCUUCUGCCUAUAGAGGCCCGCCAUUGGCUCUAUUUCGAGCGGUUCAAAAUGACUCUUCAUCAUUGCAAGGAGCUAAGCCGAGACACCAUGGUGACCGCAGUGAAUGGUCAGCAGAUGCCCGCACUCACGGUGUUCUCACAUGUUCUCACGUUCUUCGCUACGCACGCUCUGGAGCAACUGAGCGACCAAAGUGGCACGGAUUUUCGGCGUGAGGAUGUGCGAUGGGUCGUGACUGUGCCCGCCAUCUGGAGAGAGCCAGCCAAGCAACUCAUGAGACAGGCAGCGCAGAUGGCAGGUAUGUUUACUUCAGACAAUCCUUCUCAGAUGCUUAUCGUUCUGGAACCAGAAGCAGCGUCUGUCUAUUGCCGUCGGCUGCGCAUGCACCAGCUGGUGCCAGAAACAGGGACAACGCGGCCUCUACAGUCAUCAAGGCGGUCAACGACAGACAUCACGAUGUCCCCUCCUGCUGUGACUAACUUGACUGUUGAUGGCUCACGGAGUACAGAAUCUCUGGAUUCCCUGGGCGACCAAACGCUGGAGAACAAGAUCAAAGGUUCUCGCUACAUCGUCGUGGACGCCGGUGGAGGUACAGUGGACAUCACCGUGCACGAGCUGAAGGACACUGGACAGCUGGUGGAGCUUCACAGGGCCACGGGCGGGCCGCACGGCUCUACAGGUGUGGAUGAGGAGUUUAUCGCUCUGCUGUGCUCCAUCUUUGGUCACGAUUUUGUGGACAAUUACAAGCGCAACUUUCCUGUGGGAUGGGUCAACCUCCUCACAGAUUUCGAGUCCCGCAAGAGAACAGCCUCCCCUCUUAAAACCACAUCAUUCAACAUUUCUCUCCCAUUCACUUUUAUCAGCGAGUUUCGGAAGCAUAAGGGAGAAAUAGAUCAUGCAGUCAAGCGGCACGGUGACUCGGAUGUAGAAUGGUCACUGCAAGGGAUGCUGCGUCUGGCACCCCCUGCCAUGCACCGGUUAUUUGCGCCUACCCUCAUCAGCAUCCGUCAAGCCGUUGGAGACGUACUGAAUCACCCCAAUACCCGGGAUCUACAGUACCUAUUUUUGGUUGGAGGGUUUGCUGAGUCUCCUAUGCUGCAACACGAGAUUCGACGGGAGUUUGGCCAACUGCUUACAGUUCUUAUCCCUCAUGAUGUCAGUUUGGCUGUCCUGAGAGGCGCUGUUCUUUUCGGUCUUGACCCUAAAGUCGUGAGUGUGAGAUGCGCGCGGCUGACGUACGGAGUAGGUGUGUUGAAUCGUUUCGACUCUUCCCGGCAUCCACCAGAGAAGCUGGUCCACAGAGAUGGCGUGGACUGGUGCACCGACGUCUUUGACCGCUUCGUGGCCAUCAAUCAGCCCGUAGCGCUCGGAACCUGCGUCACGCGCCGGUAUACACCUGCGCGCGCUGGCCAGAUGCUCAUCGUGCUCAACGUGUACUCAAGCACACUCCCCGAGCCCACUUUCAUCACCGACUCCGGUGUACGAAAAUGCGGUACUCUCUGCCUCGACCUCCGACGUAGUUCCACCAGCGAACAGCAGCAGCAUGUCGGUGGAAGUGACAGCGAAGAGACGAGCUCAGCAGCACCAACAGGAAUUGAUAGGCCGCGGGAGAUCCUAGCGCGCAUGUCGUUUGGUGACACGGAAAUCAGCGUCGCCGCUCUUGACGUCACAUCCGGGAAGGAAGUGAAAGCAACUAUUGACUUCCUUAGUGGAUAAAACAUGUUGGGUGCAUCAACAUACUUGGAUUGCGUCCGCAGUAAAACUAUUGUUUGCGGACUGCGUUUGCUAUGUUCCCUACAACUAGAGGCCAUGUAUAACUUGGUGUUAUGCAGUCUGGUGGCUUAAUAAAUGCAAUGUACAUGUAUUAUAAUUGAUGAAAUAGCUAAUAAAAUUUCAGACCAGAAACUUUUGCCCCACUCUUUUUUCUUAGAGCUUUAUAUCGUUUAGGAGUCUUUAGAAAAGGUGGUCUUUCGCCCUUCUUGAUUGUCGUACUGCUUAGGAUACUGUCAUACUAAUAUUCCUAUUUGAAACAAUUUUGUGUGGUGUGAAAUUUGUGAAUGUCUUUGAUAAAGUUGUCAAAAGCAACUGGAGCCAAAUUUUUGUAUCUUCCUGUACUGUUUAUAGCAUAUUUGUAAAGCUGAUUCCUCGAAAACCGGACGAACUACAAUAGAUGCUCCCCUAUUUCACACUUUUGUGAAACGUGUCUUUACUAAUGUUUGCUAUACGAGAAAAAAAAAAAAAAAGCACGUCAUAGCCCUUCAGUCUGCUCGCCACACUUUGACUGGGAUAAUGAGUAUUGAAAGUUAUUAUAAAUUAUCAGUUUUUUCAAUGUAGUUUUCCACCUGUGUGUAAAAUGUAAAUAUUUAAACCGCUUUCAAAUUCUCGCGGUUUGUGUAGUGAAAUGGCAACGCCCAUCGUUUUUAGAUACAUUAGUCAUUACUUCAAAGGAAAGCCAGAGCGGACACUUAGUGCAAGGCAAAGAAUUCUUACAGAAGCGUUUUUCCUAAUUCUGAAUUGAGUUUCGCAACUUAUUGAUGAUUUUGCAGCUGUGUAUGAUGCUCGUCCCAAGAACAGGCCUUAACGGUAGUUUCAACCAGUGACAUGUUCAUAAUCCAAUAUCUCCCUUAGAAACCUGGUGAAUGACCACAUUUACUGGCAGAAGAAAAGGAUUAUCCUAGUUGAUAAAAUGAAACAAGGAUAGCAACACUAGACAUUCCGUAGUUCUCAAAAGGGCAACAAUUUUUACAGGUGACACAAAAACAUGAGAUGCAUAAACAAAACAUCUGCUGAAUAAAAAAUUUUUUUUAAAUGAGACUAUCUUCCCACGUCAUGCUUUUCUUUGUUGCUUAUUUAUAUUUGUGUAUGUGCUACCAAUCAAAUUAUCAGUAAAAAAAAUAUUUUGUUUUCUUUUAUGUUCUUGAGAAUUACAGCAUCAAAGAAAAUUUCCACAUGCAAAAACCUGUGUGGGUGGUGUUGAAUGACAAAAGUGGAUAUGUAAUUACAUAUUUAUUCCAUAACUGACGAACCAGUAAUACUGAAUUGCUUAUUCAAUAAAAACUAUCGAAGUUUGAAAUCCCCACCCCCCAACCUGUGUUCUAACAUGUAUAAGUCCAGUUUUACAAAUAUUGUUUAAUGUGCUUUCAUCUUUACUUUCUCACACAUAAAUAUCACCCAUACCAAAUAAAUAUGCAAGAAUUUUUUGUUUAUUCUACAGCUUCACCUAAAAUAUAUUCCAAUGACAACAUGUGUUGCCAACAUGAAAUGUACAAUCAUUACAUCAUUUUAUUUAUCUAUGUUAAAUGUUCUGUGAUGUAUAUUUACACGAGAGACUAUCAAUGCCACAAGCUGAAAAAUAAAUAUGGGUGAUCCCUCCCCCUAAAAAAAAUCUAGGGAUGCAGCUAUAAAAAAAAUUCUUCCUCUGAAUAUCU